CCAACUGAGAGCGCCGCGAAUUGACCAAGUGAAGCUACAACUUUGCGGCAUAAAUUGCGGGGCCCCGGCCAUGUCGCUGACCAACACAAAGACGGGGUUUUCGGUCAAGGACAUCUUGGACCUGCCGGACACCAACGAUGAGGAAGGCUCGGUGGCCGAAGGGCCAGAGGAGGAGAGCGAGGGGCCGGAGCCCGCCAAGAGGGCCGGGCCGCUGGGGCAGGGCGCCCUGGACACGGUGCAAAGCCUGCCCCUGAAGAACCCCUUCUACGACAGCAGCGACAACCCAUACACGCGCUGGCUGGCCAGCACCGAGGGCCUGCAGUACUCCCGUAAGUAGCGAAACUUGGCCGCCGUGGCUGUGACCGUCUCCGUUCCCGCGGCCGCAGCCCGGGCCGGACCCUGGGGGAGGAAGGGGAAGGAGUCUUGUGAGCCGACCCCCAACCCUGCGCUCCU